AUGGCCUCGACGACUUUGCGCGCGGUCGCGCACCGCUUAACGACCACCCCCGUCGAGCAAUUGCCAUCGAUUGCUUCGUUUCUCGCAACCUCGUUGAGCGAUUGCGCUGAUCUUCUAUCCGCUCCGCAAACCCAGAAACCGGGCAAAUCCGACUCGGAGAAUGCUAUCCAAGUCCACAAAUUGAAGACCCGGCUGUCCAGCUUGCUGCAGGACCGCAGCGUUGAGGGCCGAUGGACCGCUGUGGUGCUGGCCAAGGCCAUGGUUGAGGCUGGUCAAUGGGAGGUGUUGCGGGGUUAUGAGCCCAUUGUUCGCAGUCUGAUUGGAAUUUUGGCGAAACCUGACCCGGUAUCCACGAGAAAAAUGUGCAUCAUUACUCUCACGCGCAUUUUCCACCUCACUUACCAGUACCCAACAUUGGUGCGAGAAAUUACAACGCCACAUCUUCCAGGUUUUAUUACGGCUGCCCUCAAUUUGGUCUCGACUCUCGUCAAGCUCCCCUCCGGGUCGGCUCGUAAAGCAAAACCGAACACUCCGUUUAUGGAAACUGUGCUAUUAGCUCUUUUGGAAUUGAUCCCGCGCCAUCCGACCAUUUUCCGUCCCUUCGGUUCUCAACUGCGAUCCUUGUCGGCGGAGAUAUUGGGCUCGCAGGAUGUAUACUUCCGGGGGCCUGUAAUUGAUGCCGCUGAGCAAGUGUUUGCUUCGCUGCAUAAAUGCGCCCCGAAAGACAAGUCGGGUUCUGGGUGGAACGAGGAUUGUAGAUCAACCAUUCUCUCAAUUCACCGGGCAACCGACUUUGUAUACCGAGCCGUGGUUGAGCAGUGGGAGUCGGUGGAUACUACUCUGGUCGCUACCCGCCAAAACUAUAACGAAGAGCUGGCUGAUCCUGCACCUGAUGCGCUGGGCCUCCCAGCCUGGAAGGGUAUUCAUGCUGGAUCCGACAGAAUCCUCACCCUGUUGCGGAUUCUGUCCGACUUCAUUGCCAUGCCUUCGGUUUCCGCCGUUGCCCUGCCAUUAGGCUCUAUCCUGGACCUGACAUCUCGAUUGACUACCGUCACGGUCCCACUAGAGGGUACGUCCCAAUCUGGUGCGCAAGCAAACCCUCAAAUUGGCCGUGAGGAACGAGAACUGCUAUGGGCCGAACUUCCUCGUAUCCAUAUUGCUUGCAUGGACCUGCUUGCUCAUGUCGUCAAUGUACUGGGAACCAGUGCUAUCCCUCUUGCUCAGACCAUGCUAGAACAAGUUUCUUGGGUGUUUCGAAAUGAGAAAUUCAGUCGUGAUGUGCGAACUGCUUCCUAUGAUUUGCUUGCAAGCCUGAUCUCUCUGAAUGGACCUGCCAUGACAAAGCAAAGUAUGGCUCCGAUCACGAGUGUAAUUCGCUCUUGUUGCCAAGAUCUCUUGCCUACCUCCACUGAGUCUACUACCCCGGCCAACACACAGGGCGACUCCAAGACGAAGUCCAAGGCUCAAGGCACUGCCAAUGCCGACUCUUUCUUAAACCCGGAUCUGCAGAAGGGCCGAAACCAACAAGCUUCCAAAUCCUCAGCUCUUGGCCAAGCCGCUUCGGCUCUUCUACAGAGUGUUCUGCUUUCUGCUCCGUCUGAACUUCUGGCCGCCUCUAUGCGGGCCGAAAUAGAUCGGACGAUCAUUCUGAUAUCUGAUAAGGACGCGAUGUUGGCCAGUGUCCUGAACCCUGUUCCGGCCAUAAAAGGCAAGGGUGCCGGCGCCAGUAUCAUUCCUUUCUUGGCUCGCGGCUAUUCGGAUACAGUCGAAGUCGAAUCCUUGAUCCGUCCACGGAUGCCGGUGAUAAUGACUGCACCCGAACUUGACGCCCAGGCACUUGCCGAAGAAGAGGAUGAGGACGAAGAGAUGGAAGUUGCAGAACAUGAACCUGUUUCAGAGACCGCGUCGUUUCUCAAAUUCUCCACAUCUAAUGUGGUCCCCGCAAAAUCGGAGCCUGUCGAGGCCACAAACAAGCGGUUCCGUACUUACAUUGAAGAACCUACUUUAAAAGCCAUGCCUGAGCCGUCAGAGAACCAAUUGGAGCGGCCUAAGAAAGCACGAAUUGAGGAGUCGGUGCAUCAUCCGGCUCCCGUUGCAGCUAUCGCUUCCACCCCUCAUCCUGCACCGGUUUCGCAGCAGACUCAGGCCAAACCUCAAGCCUCUGCGGCCCCGGAGGCAUCAAUGCCCGAGGAUGACAGUGAUGACGAGCUGCCUACUCUUAAUCUCGAUCCGGACACGGAUGAUGACGAAGAGGACGACGAUGUACAAAUGGAAGGAUGA